CCUUCAGAGUGGACACAGAACAACCAGGAUCCCUCAGCCUGCGUGGUUCCUGGUGCCCAGUCACAGAGGUCCAAGCUUUCUUGGCAAGCCCAGGGGAAGCCAAAGGACCCGCCUCAUGGAGGGAUGCUGGGUGAUGGAGACAGCCAAUGGCUCCAAGGAUGGCUUGGAUUUCAACUCCAUGAAGGAUUACAUGAUCCUGAGCGGUCCCCAACAGAUAGCUAUUGCGGUGCUGUGCACUCUUCUGGGCCUGCUAAGCGCUCUGGAGAACCUAGCUGUGCUCUAUCUGAUCCUGACCUCCCAACGGCUCCGCAAGAGGCCCUCAUAUCUGUUCAUCAGCAGCUUGGCUGGAGCUGACUUCUUGGCCAGCGUGAUCUUUGCGUGCAACUUUGUCAAUUUCCACGUUUUCCAUGGUGUAGAUUCCAAGGCUAUUUUCCUAUUGAAGCUUGGCAGUGUGACCAUGACCUUCACGGCCUCUGUGGGCAGCAUACUGAUGACCGCCAUCGACCGAUACCUCUGUCUACACUACCCACCUGCAUACAAAGCCCUCCUCACCCGUGAGAGGGCACUGGUGACCCUGGGCAUUGUGUGGGUCCUCUCGGCACUGGUUUCCUACCUGCCCCUCAUGGGAUGGACUUGCUGUCCCAGGCCCUGCUCUGAGCUUUUCCCACUGAUCUCCAAUGACUACCUGUUGGGCUGGCUCCUGUUCAUUGCCUUCCUCUUCUCUGGCAUCAUCUAUACCUAUGGGCAUGUCCUCUGGAAGGCUCAUCAGCAUGUAGCCAGCUUGGCCGAGCACCAGGACAGGCAGGUACCAGGAAUGGCCCGAAUGAGGCUGGAUGUGAGAUUGGCCAAGACCCUGGGGCUGGUGCUAGCUGUGCACCUCAUGUGCUGGCUCCCAGUACUGGCACUCAUAGUCCACAGCCUGGCCACCACGCUCAGCAACCAGGUCAAGAAGGUCUUUGCCUUCUGCUCCAUGCUGUGCCUUGUCAAUUUCAUGGUCAACCCUGUCAUCUAUGCCCUUCGGAGUUGGGAGAUCCGCUCCUCUGCCCAUCAUUGCCUGGUCCGCUGGAAGAAGUGCUUCAGGGGCAUUGGGCCUGAGGGCAAAAAAGAAACCCCAAGGUCCUCAGUCACUGAGACAGAGGCUGAUGUGAAAAUCACCCCAUGGGCAGAUUCCAAAGACCCCUAAUGCUGAGUGCUACUGAGGGUUCUCUCCCAAUUUUAAACAACUUGAGUCAGAAGUCUUUUCACUCCCUGGUUAAGGGGGGGU